CCCCUUUAUCCUCCACCGGCGUUGCCCCCACUCACCGAACUCAACUCGCGCCGCAGGCAGCAGCUUCCGUGACUGAGAGCAGUGGCAGCGUGGCACCGACACCGGGCUAGCCUAGCUGACCUCCACGGCGCGUGCAUUCAUGGCGCUUCGUGCAAGGACGCCGCUCCUGCUCGCGGCUCUCGCCGGCGCCGUCGCCCUCCUGCUGCCGGGCGCCGUCGAGGCCCGCGUCCUGCUCUCGCUCGACGACUUCGGCGCCGUCGGGGACGGCAUUGCCAACGACACCCAGGCACUCGUCGACGCGUGGAAGGCGGCGUGCGCCACUGGCGGAACCACCUACCUCAACGUCCCCGCCGGCAAGUCCUACCAGAUCUGGCCCGUCACGCUCGCCGGCCCCUGCCGCGGCGAGAUCAAGCUCAUGAUUUCCGGGAACAUCAUCGCGCCGGAGGAUCCGGAAGAGUGGUCGGACGGCGACCAAGGCAGGUGGCUCCACUUCUCGGGCGUGGGCGACCUGUCGCUGAGCGGUGGCGGCAUCGUCGACGGCCGGGGCCAGCAAUGGUGGGCGGGGUCCUGCGAUGACGAGAACUGCACCAAGUACCGCCCAUACGAAGUCGCCCCCAUGGCGCUCCACUUCGAGGACUGCCGGGACGUGAGCGUGAAGGGCAUCACGGUGCAGAACAGCCAGCGGCAGCACCUGGUCUUCACCCGCUGCCACGACGUCGAGGCCAACUAUCUCAGGGUGACCUCGCCGGAGUACAGCCCCGGCACCGUCGGCGUCCUCGUCGUCAGCUCCACUGACGUGCACAUCAAGCACGAUCUCUUCUCCGUAGGUGGCGACUGCGUGUCGAUCGUGGGCAACUCCUCGGAUAUCCGGCUGAGAGCCAUCUCGUGCGGACCUGGCCUCGGCAUCAGCAUUGGAGGCUUGGGCGAGAACCAAAGUAAUGACAUGAUACACAAGAUCAAGAUGGACACUAUGCUCCUCUCCAACACCAAGAACGGCCUACGCAUCAAGACCUACGAGGUAGCGAUCAUAAAAGGAAAAUGUUAUGUGAGGUGUGACAUCGCCUUUUUCACCACCUUUGUGCUGUGCUUUUGGCCAUCAUUCAUUCAGAACGGCUGCGGCUACGCGCGCAAGGUGAAGUUCGCGCACAUCACGAUGAGGAACGUGGCCAACCCUAUCGUCAUCGACCAGCACUACUACUCCGCCUCCAACUCCAACCGGGGAACUCCCUGCGGAACCCCGAGCGCCAGCGCGGUGGCGGUGGAGAAGAUCAAGUACAUCGACAUCACCGGCACGUCGGCAACGGAGCGGGCCGUGACGUUCGCGUGCAGCGACGCCAUGCCGUGCAGGCGCCUGUAUCUGGACGGGGUGAACCUGAAGACGGUCGGCGGGGGGAGCACGUCCGCCUACUGCUACCAGGCGUUCGGGAAGCAAGUCGGGGACGUCCUCCCGGAGUCGUGCCUCGGCAAGGAGAAGGAGGACUUCCUCCGGCUGCAGGCCCCGACCGCCGCCGGCACGCCGCAAGGAGACACCGAAGACGAAGAAGAUGAUGAUUGGUGAAACUUCCAAGAAUUUUGCCGCGCGUGGAACUGUAUGUGAUCUUGUAAUGUGAUUCAGCAACAGAAGGACAAGUUUGUCCGUAAGUCUAGAGUUAUUGGCCAUGCAUGUAUAGGACGAAUCAGUGCGGUUAUGUCAUCUUGAUAUAACAAUUGAAUAAAAAGUUAUUUUCUUCC